UAUUAACAAAAGGGAAUGGAGUGUAUUCCAACUGAAGAUACUGACGCUUAUUUACGCUGGAUCAAUUCUGUCUUGGGUAUUUGCAUACAUAGUUAUCUUAAUGCAUUGAGUGUCUUUUUGGGCUAUUUGUCCAUCUUUUGUUGGUUAAAUGCUCAAAUUCCUCAGGUCAUGAAGAAUUAUAAGUUACGCUCUGCUGAUGGGCUUAGUCUGUACCUCUUGUACUUUUGGCUAGCAGGCGACCUUGGCAACAUGCUCAGUUGUAUACUAAACAGUCAAUUGCCAUUUCAGAUUUAUUUAGCUACUUAUUUUGUUUCAACAGAUCUCAUCUUGCUCUUUCAGUAUUUUUAUUAUGGCAAAGGCGACUUGCAAUGUUCAGAAGAUGACUGGAAAAUCAACACAUUUGACCAACUGGCCAACGAUGAAGAAUCAUCAGCCUUGAUUCAUGAAAAUACGCUUGAGCUAACAAAGACCAUGGAAGAUAUUACUUCUGUCUCAAGCAAGUAUGGUUCUGUUUCAAACACAAAGACAAGUACCAUGUUAAUGGGAGUACUGCUCUUUGGCUGGAACUUCGGUUCCCAUCCUAUGGUCUCUGCCUUGUCAACAGAAAAUCCUGUCACAUUUGGCUGGACCCUGGCUUGGAUAUGUAAUUCACUUUAUCUGUUGUCCCGUAUACCACAAAUCUACAAGAAUUUCAAGCGCCAUUCAACCCAGGGACUCUCACUGGCUUUGUUCUUUUUUGCUGUAUCGGGUAAUGUUACUUAUGCCCUGAGUAUUUUAGCUCAUCCAGGGCACACAGCAGAGACUUUGAUGCAAUCAUUGCCUUAUUUAUUUGGUAGUUUGGGUACAUUGUUCUUGGAUGCUAUUAUCUUUGGCCAGUUCUUGCAUUAUCGAAAGAACACAGCCCAUGUUGACAAUACGCCUACUACUGCUGCACUGACUAGAGCUCUUACUUUUUCUUCUCAGUAACAUACAUGUCUAUUUAUUGUUUGAAACACAUAUACGGGUCAAUGUUUUUAUAACUAAUAUUUAUAUAUAUAUAAAAAAACCUUAUUGUAAAUACCCAAUAAACUUUCUUUGUUUUUUUUUAUCUUUGCAAAC